AUGCUGAUGGACAUCGGACAGUUGAAGUUGGAGACGGACGGCAUCAGCCCAAGUGUCGGCAUCAGAGCGAGUGAGAAGGGCGGGCAGUGGCUGGAGAUGCUUGUCGCUGGUCAGGGAAGUCGGGGAAGUGAUGUUGAAGGAGGAGGUGGAGGUCGUCAGCUGCACUGCCAGCCCCGGCGCGUGCGAGAAGGGUGGGGAUCGGCCACUCUGCCAGAGUGCGCGCGCGUGGGAAGGACGGACCAGCGGCGUUGUUGUUGCUGCUCGCUGAGAUGGGGGAAGCAAAGUGGGAGCCAGGUCUAG